AUGUUUGGGAAGAAGAAGAGGAGGCUGGAGAUCUCGGCCCCGUCCUACUUCGAGCACCGUGUGCACACGGGAUUUGACCAGGAGGAGCAGAAGUUCACGGGACUCCCCCGUCAGUGGCAGGGGCUCACCGAGAAGUCGGCCCGGCGGUCCAAGGCCCUCAUCGACCCCGCCAGCAUCACCGCCAUCCAGCAUGGAGGCCAUAAGACCAUUGUUCGGGGAAGCAAGGGCUCAAAGGAUGGCGCGCUCACGCUGCUGUUGGAUGAGUUUGAGAACACGUCUGUGACCCGCUCCAAUUCCCUUCGCCGGGAUAGCCCUCCCCCGCCCCUGCCUGGUCCUCGGGGCCCAUCCCAUGCCCCGCCCCAUCAAGAGAACUGGCUGACCGAAGCUGAGGGUACUGGGGGCCGUGCUCGGGCCCAGGAGAAGGGACACCCGGAGUCUGGAGGCAGGGGUCCCUGGAGAACUUCAUCAAGAUUGAUUGGCGAGGGCUCCACGGGCAUCGUGUACAUUGCCACGGUCCGAAGCAGCGGCAAACUGGUUGCUGUGAAGAAGAUGGACCUCCGAAAGCAGCAGCGUCGAGAGCUCCUCUUCAAUGAGGUGGUCAUCAUGCGCGAUUACCAGCACGAGAACGUGGUGGAGAUGUACAGCAGCUACCUGGUUGGGGAUGAGCUCUGGGUGGUCAUGGAGUUCCUGGAAGGGGGAGCCCUCACGGACAUCUUCACAAACACCAGGAUGAACUAGGAGCAGAUUGCCGCGGAUAUCAAAAGCAACUCCAUCUUGCUGACCCACGAUGGGCGAGUGAAGCUCUCUGACUUUGGCUUCUGCGCCCAGGUGAACAAGAAGGUGCCCAGGAGGAAGUCCUUAGUGGGCACCCCCUACUGGAUGGCUCCCGAGCUCAUCUCCUGCCUGCCCUAUGGGCCUGAGGUGGACAUAUGGUCCCUAGGAGUGUCGGUCAUUGAGAUGGUAGAUGGUGAGCCUCCAUAUUUCAAUGAACCUCCCUUGAAGGCCAUGAAGAUGAUCCGGGACAACCUGCCCCCUAAGCUGAAGAACCUCCACAAGGUUUCCCCCUCCCUGAAGGGCUUCCUGGACCGUCUGCUGGUGCGGGACCCGGCGCAGAGAGCCACAGCCAGUGAACUGCUGAAGCACCCUUUCCUGGGCAAGGCAGCCCCACCCCCACCCCCACCCCCACCCCCCGCCAGCAUCGUCCAGCUCAUGCGCCAGAACUGCGUGAGAUGA